AUGACAGUAGCAGCAGGGAUCGGGUACGCCUUGCUAGCAUUAGGACCAUCUCUUUCGCUAUUUAUCUCUGUUAUCGCCAAGAAGCCCUUUUUAAUCCUCACUGUUCUCUCGAGUACCCUACUAUGGCUUAUGAGUUUGAUUGUGCUAGCUGGAGUAUGGAGGGCUUUUCUUCCUCUGAAAUCAACUACAUGGUGGCCCUUUGUGAUACUUAUACUCACAUCAAUUAGUUUUCAAGAAGGGCUUCGGAUUCUUUUUUGGAAAGUUCACAAGCGAUUGGAAGAUAUGUUGGAUGCUUUUGCUGACAGACUUGCAAAACCACGCUUAUUUCUGACAGACAAGAUGCUAAUUUCUCUAGCUGGUGGUUUAGGUCAUGGUCUAGCCCAUGCUGUGUUCUUUUGUCUUAGCCUGCUAACACCAGCAUUUGGCCCAGCAACAUUCUUUGUCGACAAGUGUUCACAGUUACCCUUUUUUCUUGUUUCUGCAAUCAUUGCUCUUGCAUUUGUUACCAUUCACACUUUCUCAAUGGUCAUUGCAUUCAAUGGGUAUGCUGAAGGGAAUAGACUGGACCAAUUUUUUGUCCCUGCAGUUCACCUUGUUGCAGGAAUGGUGACACUGGUAAAUUUUGCACGGGGAGGUUGUGUGGUUGGCAUUCCUCUACUCUAUCUUAUGGCAAUCUUAACCAUGUUGCAUUGUGGGAGAAUGGUGCAGAGAAGAUUAUCAGAAAAUCGAAGCUGA